CAGAGGCGUGAUGUGGUACUUCUGCGCAGCUCUGCUCCUCUGCGCUUCUGUUCAGGGGGUUCGGUACCGUGGCAUCCAGCCGCUGAGAACGGUCUUGACCCCACCCUCCAUCCAGAAUGCAUACUCGAAGGCAUCCAACGCCAUUCAGGACCUGGCCGGGCCUCCGCAGGAUGGCUUGAGCGGCUUCCUGCAGCCCCGGAGCGUCGCGUGUGGCAUCUCUGGCACCGGAAGCCGCAUCACGGGCGGCACGGACGCCCUGCCCGGGGAGUACCCCUGGCUGGCGGCUAUGACUGCGCGCGACGACCCGUUCGUCUUCUGCAUGGCCACAGUGGUCAGCGAGUUCUUCGUCGUGACAGCAGCCCACUGCGUUCGCAUUUUUGACGCCGACGAGCUGGACAUUCUGGUGAACAAACACACGACUGAGGCGGAUCCGUCUGAAGUGCGGUUCAAAGUGGCCGAAAUCAUCAUCCACCCGGACUACAUCCCCUACAUCUCCAGUAAUGACAUCGCCCUGCUCAGGCUUUCGUCCUCGAUGGAGGACCUUUUCUACGACGCGUCGUCGGCGGUGCUGCCGAUCUGCCUGCCGCACAGGACGUGUACCAUCACGGACCCUGCCAGCUGCUUGGUCGGCCAGACAGCGGUCAUCGCCGGCUGGGGCUUGAUCCAGCAGGAGACCUUUGACCAGCCGACGGUCGUGCAGCGAGGCGAGGUGCCUAUCAUCGACAACCGCAACUGCCAGCGCCGUUUCUACGCCUAUCAGGAUGUCGUGCCCAUCUUGCCCAACAUGCUGUGCGCUGGCUUCGAGUUCGGCGAGAUCGACACCUGUCAGGGCGACAGCGGUGGUCCGCUGGCGGUGGCAGGGGCCGACGGCGCUUUCGUGCUGGAAGGCGUUGUCAGCUUUGGCAGAGGCUGCGGCCACGCCAACUUCCCGGGCGUCUACACACGCGUCUCUGCUUUCGCCGACUGGAUCGAGGCAAACAUCUACUAAGCAAAUCAGCUGGAUCGAGGCGAACAUCCAAACAGGCCGGCUGGCAAGCCGGCCCUCCGGCGCUGACGUGAUCCGGAGAGCAAUGUUCAAAGCCGUUGACCCGGAAUACAGGGAAGUCUGCCUCGGACAGCGCGACCACUAGCAAGACGAGGUGGCCUUUAGUGUUGCCAACUAAUUUGGUGGAGGUCGAGCGCUGCUGGCAUUGAACGUAUUGGUGCAUGAUCUUUUCCGAGGCCGACGACCAUGCAGUUCGAGCUGUCAAGCCCUCUCCAAAAUCAGGAAUGUAGCACAAACUUUGUCCACCAUGAUUUAAGGUGUCUGGA